AUGGUUGGACAAGCAUUGACUUCUGUGGCCAUCGUUGGUGGCGGUCCCGGAGGAUUAGCUACUGCGAUUGCUCUCUCAGAACUGCCAUUCCUCAAGGUGACUCUGUAUGAGAAGAACUCGGAGCCCCGAGAAGCCGGUGCGGGCAUCAGUCUGACCACCAAUGCGUGGAAAGUUCUGGAUUUACUUGGAGCUAGUGGUGGUAUCAAAGGGGGCUCUAAAUCUAACACACACCACAGAAUUGAAAGAAACGCCUACACAGGGAAGGUGGUGAGCAUCAGCCCUCCACCAGAAAAUCCGCCUGCAAAUUACCGCGGUUCAAUCCGGGCUCGGAGAACCCGGCUACAGUCCGCUCUCUUAUCGAGAGUGCCCGUGGGCUUGAUCCAAUUUGGCAAAAAGGUUGUAUCUUUGGAAAAUCUUUCUGGCCAGGGAGUUCGUCUGGUUUUCCAGGACCACACGGAGGCGAUCGCAGACAUUGUCGUUGGAGCAGAUGGGAUACACUCUGUUGUCCGCAGGGCCCUAUUGCCUCAUCAUCAACUUCACUUCACAGGAAACUCUGCAUUCCGUGUUCUGAUUCCGAAAUCUCAUCUGGCCCAUAUCCCGGAUAUCACGACUACAACGUCAUGGUGGUGGGGUGAAGCUGGCCAUGUAUAUUUAUCCGAUGUGGAUGAUGAAGAAGAUACCGAAGAUCCGCUGUUUGAAAUUACUGUUCGAUCCUACCGUGAGCCUGAAGUUUCGGGGAAGACUGUCUUUUGGGGUGUCCCUGCAACCAACGAGAAAGUAGGAACGCGUGUUGAGACAUUCGACCAGAGAAUGAGGGAUGCAGUAAGCACGGUGACUGAAGGAGAAUGGAGGGAGUUUGCGACAUUCGCUGGGCCUCGUCUGAAUAAAAUCACUGACUGGGAUAAAGUUGCCCUUAUUGGAGAUGCCAGUCACCCCCUUUCGGGCGCUUUUGGCUCCGGGGCGACAUUUGCCAUGGAGGAUGGUUGGAUCCUCGCGCGAGCGCUUGAGCUUACGCGGUUUGCUUCGCAUCCUGCACGGGACGCUCUGGAGAUAUUUGAACAGAUUCGGUCUCCGUACUAUGCCAAAAUGUAUCAGCAUCUAGACGAAAUACGUGACAAAACACAACUCCAAGCAGAGAAGGAUUUUGAUGUCAUUCUGCAAGCCAAAAUUGACACUUUCCUCUAUGGAGACAAGGAUUUCAUUUAUCAAAACGAUAUUAAGAAAGUGUGGGAAGACUUUCUUGUGACAUAUCAGACAGUGGUGUAA